AUGUCUCCCAGAACAACUCGAUCCUCCACGAGACUUGCCGCAGAUCCUCCUCCAGGCGCCGACUCCGGUUCAGCCUCGACGCACGCCGCUGGCUCGGUCUCUUCCCGAAAACGCAAAGUCCCCAAUCGCCGAGACCGGCAUCCAGACACUCAGAACACCCCAUCAGCCCCAUCGUCUCCCCGCCGUUCGAAAAGACAAAAGAUCACGGCGUCCAACUCGGCAGCAUCUGCUGGCCCCGCUGCCCCUGCGUCUCGUCGAUCUGCCGCCACGCGUGGUCGUGCCACCAUGUCACAGCCGGGACCAUCAUCUCGGCCCACGGAGGAGUCAAAAUCCAGUGGUUCGCCAGCUUCAUCGAGGCGGAAGUCGAACCGGAAUGAUCACUUCGCCGCUACUCCACCUCCUGGCCCGCGAAGGUCUAGGAAAGCGGCCAUCCGGACAGACACUGAUACAAUCAUGCGAGAUGCGGAGGAUGAUCUUGAGGAGGAAGAUGUGGAGGAAGAAGUUGAAGACACACCGACGGGUGAUAGCAACGACGACACAACCCAUUCGGCAUUUGAGGACGAGGAGUUGGAUCCUUUCUCCAGCAGCAUCUUCGGAGGUCGCGGACCCAUGGGUCUGCAGAGUACUCUUCGCGCAUUGAGUGGCAUCAUGUCCGGCAUGUCUGGCCGCCUUCGAGACAUUCUCAGUAAUUUGAGGGCGAAGGAUGAUCCCUCCGUGCAAUUGAUCGCUCUACAAGAGCUUUCGGAUCUCCUGCUCGUCUCCAACGAGGAUAAUCUCUCGGGACAAUUUUCUCCAGAUCCUUACGUUAAAGAACUCGUCACCUUGAUGCAACCCGACCAGUACGGCGAGGAGAAUCCUGAAAUCAUGCUUCUUGCCUGCCGCUGUCUUGCCAAUUUGAUGGAGGCGUUGCGGGGCUCGGUCGCCAACGUGGUCUAUGGAGGAGCUGUCCCGAUCCUUUGCCAGAAAUUGUUGGAUAUCCAAUUUAUCGAUCUGGCUGAACAGGCCCUCAGCACCCUGGCGAAGAUUUCCGUCGACUUCCCCGCUUCGAUCGUGCGAGAAGGUGGUCUCACGGCGUGCUUGACUUAUCUCGACUUCUUCCCCACCAGCACACAGCGAACCGCUGUCACAACCGCGGCGAACUGCUGCCGCAGCCUCUCUCAUGACUCUUUUCCAGUCGUCCGCGAUGUGAUGGGAACUCUGCUGAAUGUCCUUUCCAGUAACGAUCCCAAGGUCGUUGAACAGGGUUGCCUUUGUGUCUCUCGCAUUGUGGAGAGCUUCAAGUAUCGGCCCGCCAACUUGGAGGAACUGGUCGGCCCGGACAUGCUGAAAGCCAUCCUUCGCCUCUUACUCCCGGGUACUACUAACCUGAUUGGACCCCACAUCCACACCCAAUUUCUUCGAGUCCUGGCAAUCGUAUCUAAAGCCAGCCCACGAUUGUCGAUUGAGCUUUUGAAAAUGGAUGUCGUGGACACUCUUUAUCAGAUCUUGACCGGAAUAUCCCCGCCACAAGACGUGGACAGCACGGGUGUCAAGAUGGAUAGUGUGUUGGUGAUGCAAGCAUUGAUCCAUCGGCCACGCGAACAGGUCUUUGAAACCUUAAAUGUCAUCUGCGAACUGCUACCUAGUAUUCCUCAGCGAGAGGUCUUUCAAACUGAUAGCUUACUAAAGUCGUACUUUGACAACAGCAUGUCUAUGGGCUUCAAGUCGUCUGCUUCCAAAGGUGCUGCGGAACAGCGACGGGCUUUGCUGGACAACUGCAAGCCCGAGCUGAAGCGCUUUGCCACUAUCCUUUUCCCAACGUUGACCGACGCUUAUUCCAGUACUGUGAACCUGCAUGUCCGCCAAAAGGUCCUGAUGGCGCACUUAAAGCUACUCCACAUUUUGGAGCCUCCAUUGAUUGAGGAUGCCCUACGUACGGUCCCAUACUCGUCAUUCCUGGCCUCCAUCCUAUCUCAGAAAGACCAUGCAUCCCUCGUCACCCUUGCUUUGCGAUGUGCCGAACUCCUGGUCCGGCGUCUAGAGCAUGUCUAUCAACAUCAAUUUCACAGGGAGGGCGUCAUCUCCGAGAUCGUCAAGAUUGCACAAGCACCCUUCUCAAAUGAUCCUGAGAACGCCCGAUCCGUGAAUGAACAGACAGCUUCGCCGGGUAAUUCGAAACGCCUAGGUAUCACGUCCAGUGGUUCUCCAGAGGUCAAGAAGGGCGACGAUGUUGGUGAUGACGGCGAUGAAUUUGACGAGGACGAGGACGAAGAGGACGAAGAGGAGGAUGACCAAGAAGACAAUGAGGAUGGCUCGGAUUCCGAGAGCUCUUCAACCGGUGAUCACCAUUCUGCCGCAAAGGCCGACGCGAUGCUUGACGAUCUCGUCAUUCGCGAUGCUCGGGCCUUCCUUGAAGCGCAUGAAACGGGCAAAGGUGCGGCCCUGCGUGCUGAGGCCGAGGAGACCUUGAACGAGAUGCGGAUGCUGGCAACUGAGGUUCGAGACUCAUAUUUCCUCAGCCAGAACGAGGCCAGCGGUCUCGGUUGUUUCAAGAAGCUUGCUGCCUACUUUGACGGAGAUGCAUUGCAAAGUAUCACAAGUUCAGAGCUGCUGAACUCUGGCAUUAUUGAGGUCCUCCUGGAGGUUCUUGCCGACCCCAAAUCAUCCACCUCCGUUCGAUGUGCGAGGGCAGAUUUUCUCCAGGCCUUCAUGGGCACGUUGAUCUCUGAAAAGGCCCAGAGCCAGACAACAGCGACUACUCCAUUCAGCGUACUGAUUAGAAAGUUACAGGACUUGCUCAGUAGGACUGAGCAUUUCGAGGUAAUCACGGUCAGUCACAAUUCGCUGGAAAAUACGCGCAGUAAUGCCGCGUACAUGCUUGGGAAACAGCUUCGUCUUAAGUUGCUUGCGGAGGAGGGCUCCGACGUUCCCCGCCCUUACAACAACAUCAUGGUUUCCAUUCACGCUAUUGCCACCUUCAAGGCACUGGAUGACUUCCUCCAACCACGUAUUGCCAUGUCGGAUCGUCCUCGUCAGUCACGGACCCGCGACGCGAUCUUGUCUCAACUUGCUCAAGCGGCCCACGUUCGGGAUCAACUGGCAUCAUCAAAUGCGCCCAGGCCUCCCAGUGGAAGCCUUCCGGCUCGACCUGCGCCCACAAGUGGGAAAUCACAUGACUCAAAGACUCACCAUCAAGAACACGAAUCUGAUGACCAUCACAGACGUCGGCGCAUGCCUUUCCUGGGAGAAGGCGCCGAGCAUAAUGACGAGCCCUUGGAGUGCGCCGACGAGCACCAAUUAAGUGAUGGCGAGGACGAGGACGUGAAUCAAGACGAUGAGGAUGGAGAACUCAAUGCUAUCGUCGACGACCUUGAAGAAGAGCUAGAAGAUGAAAUCGCCGCGGACCCUACGGCUGUCAAUCUUGAGGUCGGAUCCUCGGGCAAGGUAACGGCUCGGAAAGAAGACGGCACCCAAGUUGGAACUCCAGGUCAUUCCUCCUCAACUGCCAAGUCCGCACCGUCCGCCGCCGAUGCAGUUUCACCCCCCACAUCUGGCCAUGGGACCAUUGCUACUGCAGGUCGCCCAUUUACCUCGUACGCUGCAGCAAUGGCCUCCGUUCCUCAAGACUGGCACAUCGAGUUCUUCGUGGACGGAGAACCAGUCGCCAGUGACACCACCGUCUACCGUGCCGUUCACCACAAUCGCGAGCACACUGAUGAGUCCAACAACAAGAACGUGUGGUCCGCAAUUCACACGGUCACUUUCCGUCGUGUACCAGGCCCGCCUGCGUCUGAACCUUCGACUCUCUCCGCUAGUGGCAAGGGCACAUCCUCAGAGGGCGAGAACAUCGAAAUGCCUACGUCACUCAAUAAAGACAGUGUCACCGCGUCAAUCUUGUGCCUCCUCCGUGUCCUUCACGAAAUGAACGCCACGAUCGACGAUAUUUUGAUGGACAUGCGAGACCAUGUCGCUAUCAAACCCGAGCCGCUCUCACAAUUCAUUAAUACAAAACUCACAGCCAAAAUGAACCGGCAACUAGAGGAACCUUUGAUUGUCGCAAGUAGCUGCCUUCCCAGUUGGAGCGAGGACCUGGCCCGUUUGUUCUCAUUCUUAUUCCCCUUCGAGACGCGCCACCUCUUCCUCCAGUCUACAGCCUUUGGCUACUCUCGCGCUAUGAUGAGAUGGCACAGCUCUCACAAUGCCGAGGAUAGCCGUCGCGAUCUACGCCGCGAUGAUCGUCCGUUCCUGGGUCGUCUCCAGCGACAAAAGGUUCGGAUCUCGCGUUCCCGUAUCUUGGACUCCGCGAUGAAGGUCAUGGAACUCUACGGAUCCUCGCCAAGUGUACUUGAAGUGGAAUAUUUUGAAGAGGUUGGAACUGGCCUAGGUCCCACGCUGGAGUUCUACUCUACUGUCUCAAAGGAAUUUUCAAGAAAGAAGCUCAAGAUUUGGCGGGAGACUGAGACCAGCCCCACUGCGGACUUCGCGUUUGGUAAACGUGGACUGUUCCCCGCUCCCAUGAGUGAAGAACAGGCCUCUCAAGAGUAUGGCAAAAAACAACUCGGCAUUUUCAAGGUUCUUGGCAAGUUCGUCGCACGCUCGAUGCUUGAUUCGCGGAUCAUCGACAUUUCUUUCAAUCCUGCAUUCUUCCGUAUCGCCGACACCCUCUCCUCCGUUGCGCCUUCGCUGGGAACGGUCAAAUGCGUGGACGAGGAUCUUGCCAAGUCUCUCCUGAUGCUGAAACAGUUUGUCACAGCCAAAGAAGUCAUUUGCAAUGACAAAACCAUGUCUGCAAGCCAAAAAGCUCAGGCAAUGAACAACAUCCAGAUCGACGGAGUGCGAGUCGAGGAUUUGAGCCUGGAUUUCACCUUGCCCGGUUAUCCCAGCAUUGAACUCGUUCCAGACGGGUCCAAUGUCGCACUUACGAUCGAGAACGUGGACCAGUACGUGGAGAACGUGAUCGACAUGACACUUGGUCGCGGUGUGCAGCGCCAAGUGGAUGCUUUCCGGGCUGGUUUCUCCCAGGUUUUCCCAUACUCAGCCUUACGUGCAUUCACCCCUAAUGAGCUGGUCAUGCUUUUUGGACAGGCGGAAGAAGACUGGUCCAUCGAAACUCUGAUGGACUCGAUCAAGGCCGACCACGGUUUCAACAUGGACAGCAGGAGUGUACGCAAUUUGCUGCAAACAAUGUGCGACUUGGACUCGCAAGAGCGCCGUGAUUUCCUACAGUUCGUGACGGGAAGUCCCAAACUCCCCAUCGGUGGCUUCAAAAGUCUCACGCCCAUUUUCACUGUCGUCUGCCGUCCGAGUGAACCCCCGUACACUCCCGAUGACUACCUGCCAAGUGUGAUGACGUGCGUGAACUAUCUUAAAUUGCCUGACUAUAGCACACUGGAGGUUCUCAAGCAGCGACUAUCAGUUGCCAUCAAGGAGGGACAGGGUGCGUUUCACCUUUCAUAA